GCCUUUGUGGCCCCAAACCCCCGCCCGGCCGCGAGCGGCGGGGCAGCGCGCUGCGCCCGCCCCCCCCCCCUCGGCCGCGGUCUGCGGCGAUAGGUGGAACGACAGAUGUCCGCCGCCGACCUGCGGCGGCUGGUGGAGCGGGCCACGCCCCGCUUCGAGGACGUGCGGUCGCCGGACCGGACGGACAUCAUCCGCAGGGAGCACGGGCACUUGACGCUGCGCGAGGUGCUGGACGCCCUCGACGCGCUGUGCUUCACCGCGCAGGGCUUCGUGGAGGUCGCCCGCGACCUGCUCGGCGGCGAGUGCGACGCCGCGGCGGGCGAGGCGGGGGCAGUCCUGGGGACCUCGACGGCGGAGAGCUGCGCCGUCUGGACGGGCGACGGCGGCGCGGAGCGGCCGCCGGUCCCCGGCGGCGGCCUCAGGACGGCGGUGCACGGCCUCUACCGGGCCCUGAGCGGCACCCGGGUCCUGGCGCCCGCGGUGCCGCCGCCGCCGCCCGCCGCCGCGGCGCCGGCCGCGGAGGAGGCGCCGGCGGAGGGCGCGGCGGGGUGGGAGGAGCUGGUCGCGGAGGCGAGGCGGAGCGGGGCGCAGUGCAUGAAGGACAAGGACUUCGCGGGCGCCGUCGCGCAGUAUACCGCCGCCAUCGCGGCGGCGCCCCGCGCGGACGCGGAACGCCACACGCUGCACUCGAACCGCUCCGCGGCGCACCUGCAGGCCGGCAGCGCGGAGGCCGCCAUCGCGGACGCGGGGCGGUGUGUGGAGAUCGCCCCGGAGUGGCCCAAGGGCCACUUCCGCCGGGGCUGCGCGCUGAGACAGGCGGGGCGCCUGCGGGAGGCGGCGGCGGCGUUCCGCAGGGGCUGGGGCCUGGAGCCGGACAACAAGGACUGGGAGAAGGAGGUCGUCAAGACGGAGAGGCUGUGGAGCGCGGAGCCGGGGGCGCUGGCGCAGCAGUUGGUGGCGCGCCUGCUCCCCGAGGUCCUGGCCGCGUGGCGGCGGGGUGGCGACCCCCAGGGUGUUCUGCACCUGCAGGUCAACGGCGACUUCGAGGAGCUCGGCCAGCCCAAGUGGAAGCUGAUGGAGGACGGCAGGAAGGAGAUGCCCAAGGCGCAGGUGAGGAUCGCGUUCCUGCAGAUGCAGGAGUACAAGGCCAACGUGGUUGAGAACCUGGUCAGACCGCCGACGUACCAGGACAAGGACGCGGCCGCGGUCGUGGACCUGAGUGGGAAGCCGCUGCGCAUCGCGGAGAUCAUGGACUUCUUCGGGGGCGGCGAGGGCUGCGCCCCCGUGCACGUGGAGGUGCGGAGCAGGGCCACGCAGCAGAAGCUCGCCGGGCUGGUCUGCCUGGUGCCCUGCGGCAGCGACGUCAUGAGCUUCGUGAAGCCGCACAGGGACCCGCCGGCGCCGAAGGGCACGGUGGAGGCCGUGCUGCAGCUCCAGCGGCAGAGCGGCUUCCCGAGGCACGUACCGCGGCUGCUGGGCUUCCAGGCGCUGCCCGGGGGCGACCUGAAUUACCCCGUCAUCGACCUGAGCCGCGACGCGCCGGGCGCCUGACCCGAUGUUUGGCUCGGGGCGCACGUACAGUCGAAACUGAUGGUAAGGAUGCGCUUACCCAUGCUCAUCAUCGGUUUCGACUGUGACUCUAGGCCUUUCAGAUUGUAUCGGACUGGGUGUGCGCUGAGCCUGAUCCGCGCCCGACUUUUGUUCCUCGUGGACGGGCGCACUUACGAGGUGCCACAUCUCCACGCUGCUGCUCAGUCCAGAGCUCGUUCCCAGUGUGUAGGCUCCACCCUCCUCCUGC